AUGGUACUGCGGCCAUGGAUGCAUAACAAGUUUCUGCUGCGGCUGACGUCCAAAGGACGUGGUGUGUUAAAGUGCGUGAAAAUGCUGGAGAAUUGGGCCAUGCAGUGCAUCGCCAUAAGGUCGGCAGCCACACAGGACGCACCUACCAAGACACGGCAGCGCCUGCUGGAAGCUCUGGUCAAGCCAGGCGGUCAGACUGCGAUACCACUCGACGAGGUUCAGGGCGAGGUUAUGAAUCUGCUGGUAGCCGGCACAGAGACAGUGUCCGUGACCGUCAGCUAUGCACUGACACUGUUGGCCCUCCAUCCUGAGUGGCAGGAUGCAGCCCACCAGGAGCUGAAGGACGUCUUCGGCGAGGGUGACGACUACCUGCGGGCCCCCAGCCUUGCAGACCUAGGCAGACUCAGGGUGCUGGAGAGCAUCAUCAAGGAGACACUGCGGCUGUUUCCAACGGUCCCGAUACUCCCUCGGGUGGCCACAGAGGACCUCUGGCUAUCUGGAGGGUCUCCAGGGAGUGUGUUGGUUCCUAAAGGUGCACUGCUUUUCGUGAUGCCCUUCCUCACACACCGCCUGCCGCAGUUCUUUCCGGACCCACAUCGGUUCGACCCAUCACGCUUCUUGGAGGACCGUGUUGGCAAAGAGCAUACAUGCAGCUACCUGCCAUUUGGACUGGGCGCGCGCAACUGUGUGGGCUCCCAGUAUAGCCGACUGCAGCUCAAAGUCUACCUGGCAGACAUACUGAGGCGCUUCCGCUUCCUGCCAUGUAGCCGGCGGGAGGACCUGGAGAACAGCUCGCUCUCCUUGAGCCUAAGCCCCAUCAAGCCAAUCAGAGUGUCGUGUAUGCCUCUGGAUGACCCUAGCACAUAG